UGGAGGCAGCCUCUUCCUGGUGGAUAAACAGUGACAGCUACAGGGCAGCCACCUAGACCCAGCACACAAGCUCUGGCGCUGCCCUGGCAAACAACACCCAAAAUGGCUUCAGACAGUACACACAUCGCGCAGUUGACUUCUGAACUGUACUUCCUAAUAGCCCGGUUUCUAGAGGCUGGACCGUGCCAGAAAGCCGCCGAGACCCUGAUAAGGGAGGUGGAGGAGAAGGAGCUGCUACCCAGAAGGCUGGACUGGACAGGGCAGGAGCACCCCGGGACGUACAAAAAUUUGGUGAAGCUGUGCAGACACGUCGCUCCAGACCACCUGCUACAGGUUUGCUCCAGAGUUUGUCCGCUGCUGGAGAGGGAGGUCCCCGCCAGCGUGCCGGGACUCACCAGCCUGCUGGGGGCCGGCAGGCAGAACCUCCUGCGCACCAGCAACAGCUGCAAACAUGUUGUGUGGAAAGGUUCGGCGUUGGCAGCACUACACUGUGGAAGACCCCCGGAGCCACCUAUUAUUUAUGGGAGUCCACCCAAUAUUGUGGAGACGAGCUACAGCCGUCGACUGAACGGCUCCUACCGCCUCCGUCAACUGGUGCCCACAGCCGUCUACCAACACAUGAAGAUGCACAAGAGGAUCCUGGGACAUCUGUCGUCAGUGUACUGCGUGACCUUCGACAGGACGGGUCGCCGCAUCUUCACAGGCUCAGACGACUGCCUGGUGAAGAUCUGGGGAACCGACGACGGGCGUCUGCUGGCGACCCUGCGCGGUCACGCUGCUGAGAUCUCCGACAUGGCCGUGAGCUACGAGAACACCAUGAUCGCUGCCGGGUCCUGCGACAAGACCAUCAGAGUGUGGUGCUUACAAACCUGCGCACCGUUGGCCGUCCUGGAGGGGCACGCAGCCUCCAUCACUUCCCUACAGUUUUCGCCUCUCUGUAGCGGCUCGAAGCGCUACCUGUCCUCCACUGGAGCUGACGGAACCAUCUGCUUCUGGCAGUGGGACGCUCGCACGCUCAAAUUCGGCCAGAGACCCAGUAAAUUCACGGAGCGCUCCAGACCUGGCGUCCAGAUGAUCUGCUCCUCCUUCAGCGCAGGCGGGAUGUUCCUCGCAACAGGAAGCACCGAUCACAUCAUUAGGGUGUACUACUUUGGGUCGGGUCAACCAGAGAAGAUCUCUGAGCUGGAGUCCCACACCGAUAAAGUUGACAGCAUCCAGUUCUCCCACUGCAGUGACAGGUUUGUGAGUGGCAGUAGGGAUGGUACGGCUCGGAUCUGGCAGCUGCAGCCUCAGGGCUGGAAGAGCAUUCUGCUGGAUAUGCAGACCAAACUGCCUGGGAAAUACAACCCUCCUCCACUGGAAGACAAGGUCACUAAGCUUAAGGUUACCAUGGUGGCGUGGGAUCGCCAUGACAGCACUGUGAUCACCGCCGCCAAUAAUCUGACGCUCAAGGUGUGGAACUCCAUCACCGGGAAUCUGGUCCACGUCCUGAUGGGUCAUGAGGAUGAGGUUUUUGUCCUUGAGCCUCAUCCGUUUGACCCGAGGAUCCUCUUCUCGGCUGGGCACGACGGGAACUGCAUCGUUUGGGAUCUGGCGAGAGGAGUCAAGAUCCGCUCUUAUUUCAACAUGAUCGAAGGCCAGGGACACGGAGCAUUGUUCGACUGUAAAUGCAGUCCUGACGGGCAGCACUUCGCCGCCACCGACUCCCACGGUCACCUGCUCAUCUUCGGCUUUGGCUCCAGCGGCAAAUACGACAAGAUUGCCGACCAGAUGUUUUUCCACACCGACUACCGGCCUCUGAUCCGGGACGCCAACAACUACGUCCUGGACGAGCAGACCCAGCAGGCGCCGCACCUGAUGCCCCCGCCCUUCCUGGUGGACGUGGACGGGAACCCCCACCCGCCCAGGUACCAGCGGCUGGUGCCGGGCCGGGAGGGCUGCCGGGAUGAGCAGCUCAUCCCUCAGAUGGGGGUCACUUCCUCCGGCCUGAACCAGGUGGUGAGCGAGCAGGCGGUGGACGGGCCCAGUCCGCUGGACACCAUGAUCCAGAGGCUGCAGCAGGAGCAGGACCAAAGGAUGGGAGCCAACGACGCCUCGGCCUCCGGAGGGUCCGGAGCGAACGCCAGGGCCAGCAGAGGUUCCGUUGGUUCUCCCACUGAGGUCCACUCCCCUCCCAACGUCGGUCUCCGGCGGAGCGGCCAGAUCGAAGGCGUCCGCCAGAUGCACAGCAACGCCCCGCGUAGCCAAAUGGCCACGGAGGGCGACCUGGUGGCCUGGAGCCGCCGGGUGCUGGUUCCUGAGCUGGAGGACGCCUCCGUCAGGAAGCAAGUGACGUGGCGCGAGGCUAAAGGUGACGAGGAGAUCAAUAUUUAUCAGUCAGAAAGGAGGAGACGCACGAUCCACUCGCUCCCCAAGGAGAGCAGGGUUCACCCGACGUCAGAGUGCACAGUAGACGAGGGGAGGAAGAGUCAGGGUAACCACGGCUACCACACGCGCGCCGCCAUGGAGGAGACGAGCCGGCAAAGUGCAGAGGCUGCUGACGACGACGACAGCGCCUCAGAGGCAGAGGUGGAGGUACGGCAAAUUAACGGAUACUCCUCAGAGGACGAAAAGAACGAAGAGGAGAAGGAGCCGUGGCCAGAUGAGCACAGCAGCUCCAGCGAUUACUCCAGCGAUUACUCUGACUGGACGGCAGACGCUGGCAUCAACCUGGAGCCGCCCAAGAAGAGCGUGAAAGUGAAGAAGAAAAACAGCGGCUCCGAGGAGGAUAGCGACAAGAAAAGGGAGGGGAAGAAGGAGAAGAAGAAAGAGAAAGCAGACAAAGACGGCGCAUUACCAAAGAAGAAGAAACCAAAGGAGAAGAGGAAGAGGAAUGAAUUUCAGGAGCAAGGCCUGACCUUGGAGGAAUGGCUUCCCUCCGCCUGGAUCACAGACACGGUUCCCCGCAGAUGUCCUUACAUACCUCAGAUGGGAGACGAGGUGUACUACUUCCAGCAGGGUCAUGAAGCUUACGUUGAAAUGGCCAAACAGAAGAAGAUUUUCAGCAUCAACCCUAAGAAACAGCCCUGGCACAAGAUGGAGCUCCGGGACCAGGAAUUGAUGAAGAUAGUUGGCAUCAAAUAUGAGGUGGGUCUGCCCACCCUCUGCUGCCUGAAGCUGGCCUUUCUGGACCCCGACACAGGGAAGCUGACAGGAGGCUCCUUCUCCAUGAAGUACCACGACAUGCCUGAUGUUAUUGACUUCCUGGUGUUGCGGCAGCAGUUCGACAACGCCAGGAGGAGACAGUGGACUAUAGGCGACAGGUUUCGGUCAGUGAUCGACGACGCCUGGUGGUUCGGGACCAUUGAGAGUCAGGAGCCCUACCAGCUCCAGUAUCCCGACAGCUUGUUCCAGUGCUACAACGUCUGCUGGGAUAACGGUGACACAGAGAAGAUGAGCCCGUGGGACAUGGAGCCCAUCCCCGAUGACGCCACGUUUCCCGACGAGCUGGGCACGAGUGUCCCUCUGACAGAAGACGAGCAGAAAGAUCUGCUGUACGUCCCGCAGGACGGUGAAUGGGGCUGCCGCACGCGGGCCGAGGAGUGCGAACGCAUCAUCAAAGCCAUCGACCAACUCUGCACGCUCGACGUGGCAGCACCGUUUGCCUUCCCGGUAGAUCUACAGGCGUACCCCACGUACUGCACGGUCGUGGCCUACGUCACCGAUCUCAGCACCAUACGUGAAAGGCUGGUGAACCGCUUCUACAGGCGCCUUUCCUCUUUAAUGUGGGAGGUCCGUUAUAUAGAACACAACGCCCAGACGUUCAACGAGCCGGGAUCGUUCAUCGUCACGACCGCCAAGUUCGUCUCUGACCUCAUGCUGGCGUUCAUUAAGGACCAAAGUCUCACAGAUCUCAAGCCUCUGUACAAAACCAUGAAGAAGGCCACCUUCUCUGACUCUGAAGACGAGGAUGAGGAGGAGGAUGAUGAGGAUAAUAAUGCUCCAGGAACAUCAACCCGAAACCAUAAGGGCCGUCAGCCCAUGAAGCGCCAGCUACGGACCCGUCCUCGUUCUUACGAUCCUCAUGCUUGGAAAGGACGCUGCAAGGAGCUGCUGGACCUUAUCUUUCAGUGUGAAGACUCUGAGCCCUUUAGAGAACCGGUGGACAUACAGGAGUACCCGGACUACCUGCAAAUAGUUGACUCUCCGAUGGACUUUGGCACAGUUCUAAAAAAGCUGACUGAAGGAAAUUAUCCAUCUCCCAUUGAGCUCUCCAAGGAUGUCAGACUAAUUUUCAGCAAUUCCAAAGCGUACACACCCAGUAAAAAGUCCCGGAUAUACAGCAUGAGUCUUCGUCUUUCUGCGCUGUUUGAGGAGCAUAUCAGCCCCAUCCUUUCUGAUUACAAAGCAAUCCACGGCAUGACAGAUAAAUUGACCAGACGUGGCACAGACAGACAGACGCGACACGCCGCAGAUAGACAGACAAGGCACACGACAAAGAGAAGGAGGAGCGAAUCACCCACAAGUAGCAAUGCAUCCAGCCCAGAGAGGAAAAGACGCGUAUCAUCCAGGGUGACUGCCAAGAAGGAGCCGUCACCAGCUCCGUCCCGGCCGCCUUCCCUCAGACAGCAUGUCCCUCUGAAACAGACUCCACAGCUGGUCAACGGUAAAGUGGAUACCCCAGCUCCGGGACGGACGCGUAGUUCCGCACGCCACUUUGCACACUCCUCACCUCCUUCAUCGAGUAAUAUCACUAACAGCACACCGAGCACUGGAGAAUCUUCUCGCUCACUGCGGGCUCAUAAUUCUGUCCGAGCUUCAACGCCACCAGUUCCUGAAAAGCCCACGCCCCCUCCAGCAGCAGACAGUAGCAGUGGAAGCACUCGUCGGAAACUCAGGACCCCCGUGCGACACACACCCGGUUCUCCUUCCAGCCCCUCGACUCAAAGUACGGCCCAUCUGAAUGGACACAGCGGUCACAUGACCUUAGGCAUGGGAAGAAGGGGGCGACGGUCCAGAAUGGACUCACCGGUGAGUCCUCCAGAAGUUCCGACUCCAGCCAGCCCCUCAAGACCCCGAGGCCGACCGCCUGGCAAGAAGAAAGGCAGAAAGAGCAAGCAGGAACAGGAUGAGUUGAGACAGAGUGGGAGUCGCCGGAGCUCCACUCCGGAUGACGAGCUGGACCAUUCCACAGGGGACGAAGGCGGCAUGUCGUCCGCCCCGGAAACGUCAGCACCAUCAGACUCUGGUGCAGCAGUGACACCGAGGCGACGAGGCCGACCGCGGAUAGUAAAAACGAAGGAAUCGACUUCUCCUGCCGAGUCGCCUGAGCCCUCACCGCUGAGAAGGAGCAGCAGGAGAACCAAUGAGGAGGCCACGCCUCAUCCCCAGACUUCCUCCGAGCGAUCCGGUCGGAAAGAGUCUCCAAAGGACGAGGCUAGAGAGGGGACGAUAGGGUCGAUGCGCACACGUAACCAAGGAAGGCGGUCUGCCUGGUACAUGGAAGAGGACUCAGAGGAGGAACAGAGGCAGUUGCUGUUUGAGGACUCGUCGAUCACCUUUGGAACGUCCUCAAAGGGUCGCGUCCGCAAACUGACAGAAAAGGCCAAAGCCAAUCUCAUAGGCUGGUAAAGAACAUAUGCACAAGCUCGAGUGCUCAGAGGGCCGAGAGAUCCCGGCAGGAUGUUUGGAUCGGAUGCUUUAGACCAAACGGAGGCUCAGUUGGCUGAUGCUAUGGAGAGCAAACUGUGCCGUUACCUGUUACCCUGCUCGUCAUUGACCCCACCUUCCUCUCUGCCCACUAAGCACUUUAGCACUGCAUGUUCAUAUGCUCCCACACCUCCUAUUCUAUUGAUCCAUGUUGGAUCCCACAGGAGCACACAGAAUCUCUCUCUGUGAAGGCGGUGUUUCUCACUUCGUCUGACGAACCUCUCCUCUGCCGGACCUUAAACACAGUUCAGAGUCAGAUUGGGACGAAAAGUAAAUCGGUCUGACCUACACGAACAACUGGCCUAAGACCACAUAUUCUCCCCCUAACUUCAUCCUUUCUGUUUUUUAUACAACCUUUUCAUUGCUCUUUCUAAAGUUUCAUAUGAUCGUCCCUCUGAUUUGGAAGUCUUACACAUUGGCUGAGCUGAGCGUGUCUGUUUGUGCUAAAAUACCAAAUGGCGUACCUUUGUCGGUACUGUACAUCUGUACAUUUAGUGUACUGUUAAUGUGUUUUUGUUCUUUUCUGCAUGUUAAUUAGAGAGAGGAAGCGUCUUCUUCCUGAAAGCUGGUUUUACUGUGAGGCGGAAAAAUAUGUUGCAUGAGUGAAAGGAGUCAUUGUUGCGCUUGUAUAUCAUUUCUGAAUGCGUCCUCUGCAUUAGCAAUACCUUGUGCCUUUUACACGUAAGGUGUGUGGGUGUGCAUGUGCCUGUUUGUCUACAAACUUGCAUUUUGCAAGUACAGUUCCGGUCGCACGUUUGCAUCCCAUCAUUAUUGGCGUUAAUGUCAUCUUAAUUUGAGGCAACUUAUAAUGUAGAUGAACUAAGAUGCAACUUGAAUUCAUUUUAAAAACAAGAAUUUAGAGUAAUUUUAGAUUUUUUAAUGUUUUUUUUCUAAUCCACACAGGUUUAAAGUUAUACAUACAGGAUCAAAUAUGAAAUACAACCAGAUUAACGGUUGGGAGAAAUUUCUGGUCUGAUUUUAGCGGAACGUUUGACCGGACGUUUUCGUAGAAUUUGUAGUUUGGUUUCCUCCCAUGAAACUUUGAUACGGUAUUCUUCGGGGACAUUCCAGAAGAUUAAUUUUAGCGUGAUUAUCAACUAAAAGACUAUUCCUGAUGUGUCUGGGAUCAUUGCUCCAUUGUAACCUUCAACAUGUUCUCAAGGUUCACUCGUCUCACCCAAACUGUGAUUGAUUAAAAAGAAACAUUUUAAACCUGAGAACUCUGUUCCAUCUGUUAAGCUCGGUCGCAGCAGUAAUAAACUGAGGAUCUGUUUCACUGCCAGUCGUACUUCUGGGUUUAAUAGUGAAUUCUUCAACUUAACCUGAAAUUAACAGCUACUGUUAAGCUCUAAAAUAUUCAUACACCUGACAGGUUUAGAUGUAAAAUCAUCUAAUGUAACCAAGAAGGGUUAGUUGUUUCCAACAGGAAAUGAGGCAGCCAUCUCUCAAAAGAUAGAAUCAGUUUUAGCCUGUUGGUUUCUUAGCAACUGAAAAAGGGGAAUUUCACUAAAUAUUAGCGGAGCAGAACAGUACAUAUUUAACCUUAGGCAUGUCAUUUUCAAAUUCUACAAUAAAUUUCAACUUGUGCACCAGUUCUUGUGUUUAGUUGCAGAAACAGUUCAACACCCCGUCAUUUAUGCCCAUCGUGAUUGGAUGUAAACAUCUGACCGGCAACGGUGUGCGUGUGUGUAUCUGUGUGUAUCUGUGUGUCUGUGUGUGCUGGCUUUUAACACAACUGAGUGCAGGCUUUACCUGGAGCGUACAUACAGUGGCAUACAGUUCGAUGGUUGCGGAACCGCUCAAAGAAACGACUUCAGAGCUGCUGAGAAGAAUUAACCCAUCGACGAAACCGACCCUACGGUACAGAGAGUGGUCGCUAGCUUUGAGAUGCAUCUGCCAUGUUUCUAGAACAAGUUUGAAAGAAUGUUGAGAUGCUUCUACGGUGACAGCAUUCACUUUUCACAUGCAAACCUGUCUCCUAAGUUCUUGCAACUUCCUCGUAAUUUGGAAAGCAAAACAGCGGGGAGUGGAGGGAAACCAGAUCGAGCUGCAUUUUUCCAGAAAAACAGCUUCACGUUUCUGAUAGUGUGCCUUUGCUACUCUGGCAUAUUGAGUCCUCUGUUUUUUUGUUUUUUUUUUUAAUUUUCCCUUAUGGGGCCUUGUUUUAUCAUUUUGCAUUUGGACUUCUUGUUUCUGCUCAUUUCUGUAUUCUGAGAACUGGACUUUGAGUUUGUGGGAAAAAAAAAAGAACUUUGUAACUUUGGACUCUCUUUUUGCCACACGUAAUGGGUACCGAGUUUAUAAAGACGCAUCCGUUCCCGGUAUUUUGUUUGUCCUACAGCACAGAGGAAGUGAAUGCCAAAAUCUGCGAGUGGGACCGACUGGAUGCUAGCGUCGACACACACCUGGUUCAUCUCAUAGCUCACAUAUUACCGAACAUAUAUCCUGUUUGUCAUUGUUUGUUUAAAAAAAAAAAAAAUAGGUUUGUCAAUGCCAAAUUCUGUCUGUGGGCACUGAAGUUUUAGAACAUGGCUUUUGAAUGUGUUUUCUAACUAACUUUUAUUGUCUCCACUGUGGAUGUUCAUUUAUAUAUGAUGUGUGUUACGUGUCUUCUGUCUGUCUCCCUGCCAUACAAGAGGAUAUAUCAAUGGAUCGAUCCAUGGAGAUAGAAUGAUGCUUUAUGCUCUGCCACACAUUUUAGGAUUUUGUUGUUUUUUUCUUCUUUUUAGUUUUUAUAAUGUCCGUAUAAAAAGUUUAUUUUAAAUCUGAAAGGGCCAAAUACUAGCGAUUGUUUUUCUCAACAGGGUGAGACAAAAUAUGUUUUCCGAUUGAGGUUUAAAUCUUUACCCAUGGAAGUAUUUAUUUUGAGUGGAAGAUUUAGUUGGCUUUAAGUGUUUAUUCAUGGCUUUUUAAAAAAAUAACAUCACUUUAUAACUACUUUAUGUGCACAUAAAGUUUUAAUGUUAUUUUCAAUUCAAAUGUAUAGUAGUACAGUCGACAGACUUAUAAAAAUCUGUUGGUGCCACAUGGAAAGAUAUGUAAAAACCUUAUAAAUAAAUACAUCUAUUAUUGCAGUGGUAUAAUCUCACACAUUUAGCUGCUACUUUUCUAUCUGAUUUAGUCCUAUGGGCUGAAAUGUUCAAUGAAGUAUUGAUUCUAUGCUUUGUGAAUCACUUCAGUGUUGACCUGGCAAAAUGUUGAAGAUGAUUUUGCCAGCUCUUUUUGUUUUUAAGUUUACUGGGACAUGUCAGCAGAUUUUUAUUUCAAAUGUCCUGGUUUUGCACAAAAUCAAGGCCCACAGCAUAACAGCCCCUCUAGUGGUUCCCACAUAUUCGUCCUUUGGUCCAAACCCAAUUGAAGUAUAAUAGCAAGUUUUAAAUCUUUAUGUUUGUGAUAGUUGGACAUGACAAACGCAUCACAAUCAAUUUUUUUUUCCUGGUUCAUUCUUGGUUGCAUUAUCAGAUGUAGGGAACAUCUGAUAAUGGUGUUCACUGAUUUUCUUAAUUACUUCUAAUGGGAUUGUUUUCCUACUAAUUGAAUGUACAUUUUAAAUUGUUCUGUGUGAGAUUAUAUACCUGCAAUAAAAGCUUGUUUUAGGUGUUUCAUCCAUCUUUACCUGGGGCAUCAAUAAAUCUGUCUAUCUGAAUGCACAGAUUAACUAAUCUACUGACCCGGGAUUCUUUACUUUGAGAUAUGGGGCUUACGUUUACAGCAGUCCCCUUAAAAUAUGUGUUUGUCGUUUUAAAUCCCUGGUUCGGCAGUUCAGAGCUGCACUUGAGCAUUUAUGUUUUCAUGAGAACAUGGGAUCUAUUCAAUGUGAGACUCUGUAGGUGUGUGGCAGAGUCAUGCUGCUUGUGGCGCCUGCCUGAAGCAUCAGUGUGAGUGAGUGAGUGAGUGAAGUGGGUGCAUGUGAGCCACCUGGAAGCGUUUUGAGAUGUUUAAAAAUUUUAGGUUUUAUGGAGCUGUCGGAGAUAAAAGUGAGAAGAGGGGCGGGAGGGGGGUCUUUUAUGUGAAAUUAUUGAUGAAGCUGUCUUUGUUAGUUUGGAUACUUUUUAUAUUUAAAGGAAGUGAUGCAAAAAAAUAAAUAAAUAAAAGGCAUAAAGCUAGAAUGUAUGUGUAGGGGAGUACUACUGUCCUGUUAGUUCAUACCAAUAUUUUAAGUAAAUAAACAGUUGUGUUUCCAUA